AUUUUUUCAAAACAAAAAUUAGAAUUACAACCUCGAAUCAAACUUUCAAUUUUUAAGAACUUUGAGCAGGUUGACUUUUAGAAUUAUUACUAUUAUAAAACACUCACUCCAAGUAGAGGCUACGAAAGAAGGAUCCUUAAAAACAAGAACUGCGAAACUCAUCAUCAAUUCUCUGAUUUCUCUCAAUCUCAGUUUCAGCCUCAGUUACCAAAUCAAUAAUGAACUUAUUAGUGGAUUUGACAGUUUAAUUUAAAUUUUUAUUUUGUUAAAAUGAAAGUUUUAUUGAUUACUGGCAAUAUCGGAUCUUUGUUCGAAGAAUUUGGUUCUGCAUUGCAAAAAAACUGGCUAAAGCAGUACAGUAAACUUGUUGAAUCUGAAAGACCAUUGUUUAUUGGUUUGCAUUUUCAAGAGAUCGGCGGAAAAUCACAGGUAGUUGACAGCGAAAAAAUUGCUACCUUCUUCUAUGAGUUAAAAAGAUUACCAGUUCACCACGGAUUGUCAUGUUUUUAUUCAUACAUUGACAAAGAGUAUGAUGAACAGAAAUAUACAGCUUUGGGCUGCUGUUAUUUCAUUCAUCAGUCACUUUUGAGUUCCAUAAAAGUGUGGAAUUUCAAAGAAAAGGAAUUUCAGCCUCUUAUUGAAGGAGAAGUUUUAUUGGAGAAUUAUGAAACAGUGCAAAAAUAUAAAUAUCCAUUAAGCUGUUUUUCCAAGAAAACUAGAAGAUGGCCAAGAAAAGGAUUUACAUGGACAAGAUGGAGUUUUAAAAAUGAAAUAAUUGACAUGGUGAAUGUUCAUUUAUCUCACGAUGCUUGUAAUGUUUCUGUUUCAAUGAAGUCUGUGUCAAAGUAUUCAAAGUACAGAAAACGAGCCUUGGUUUAUACAUUAGAACAACUUCAUACAUUACCUUCGUAUCAUCAUUUGUUGUAUGGAGACUUCAAUGUUCGUCCUGAAACUAAAGAACUUAUUGAGCACAUAAUGAAGAACAAAGGAAAUCAGGUGAUUAAUCAUAUUCACACCAACAAUAAUAACAACAAUAAAAAAGAUGGUAAACCAUACAAAGUUGUUUAUCAAUCUUUGAAUGGAUCAAAGAAGGAUCUUUUAAUAAUUGAAGAUCGCUUGUUCAUUCUGCAUGAUUAUGAUGAUUUUGCUCAUGACAAAAUAGAAAGUUUGCUUCAGUUUGAUAAAGAACUUGAUUGGUUAAAAAAUGACUCUUUUAAAGAAAUGCAAUUGAACUUUAUUCCGACAUAUCCUCAUGUAGAAGAUCCUUAUAUAGAAGAUUAUCUUGUCAAAGAUCCUUAUAUUGAAAAUCAUCAUGUAGAAGGUUCAAAGGAAAUCUCAUUUAAACAUACUUUUGGAAAUGUAAGGUGUCCAUCUUGGUGUGAUAGAAUUUUGGCUGAUAAUUCUUUUUUUGAAAAAUAUAUUAGUUGUUCAAGUGUCUACAAUAUAUUUGGUGAACAUGUGAUAUUGGGCGAUCAUAAGCCAGUUUACAUGGCUUUUGAAUUUCCGUUUGGUUUGCUGGCGGACCAGUAGUUUUAGUUGUAUUGUUAUUGGUUCACAUGCAUUAACAAUUCAUUUACCUUUCACUGUUGACGUUGUUGGUGCUAUUGACAUUUAACCCUUGUGAGUUAAAGUCGUUUAAAGUCGAUUUUAUCUAAAAUCCAUGAACUCCUUAAUUUACCGGAUUUUUUUAAAAUUUUAAAUUGUAUAUUAGUAUAUUUAUUGUGUAUUUUAAAUAUUUUUUAAACUUAUUCUUUAUGGUGUGAAAAGGUUAAUCCACUCAUUUGUUUUUUAAAUUUUACUGUAAAAAUAUGCUCAAUAUUUAUAAUGUUCUGUACUGCUACGCUACAACAAUAAAGCUAAAAGUUAAAAAAAUAAAUUAGUUUUCAAAAAAAUAUAUUUCGUUCGAAAACUGAAUAUUUCUUCUAAACAAUACUUUUUAAACACUUAGAUACACACUCGCUUUACAGUUAUCUAAACAAAAACUUUUAUGUUUUAAUGUAUUAUAACGCACUUUUACAUUGAACUAUUGUACAAUUGUAAUCUAUUUAACGUGAAAAAGAUAAUUCUUUUUUUUUUUU